AUGAGCUCUGUGUACAAGACCAUUUCUACCCCGGACGCACCCAGCGCGAUUGGCCCGUACUCGCAGGCCGUCGUAUACAACGGCACUGCCUACGUCUCUGGCUGCAUUCCAUUCGAUCCAGCAUCGAUGCAGUGUGUCGAAGGCGGCAUCGAGGCGCAGGCGCAGCGCGCGAUCGACAACCUGCUUGCUGUUGUCAAGGCCGCAGGAUCGGCGCCGAGCCAUGUGCUCAAAGUUACCGUGUUCAUGAAAGACAUGAACGACUUUGCCAAAGUGAACGGUAUCUAUGAAAAGGCAUUCACCCCAUACAAGCCUGCACGCAGUGCCGUCGAAGUCGCGCGCCUGCCGCGCGAUGUGCUUGUGGAGCUCGAGUGCAUCGCCGCGGUGAAGAGCGACUGA